AAACGCCGGGUAUGGCGUUUGCCAAAUCGAAAAUUUUGAUUCAUCUUUCGAGAUUUUUCUAGAAAUAGCCGCAUAAUCGCACCGAAAGCGUUCUGGUGUAUAAAACGCCGACCUAAAUCCCGAUCGAAUCAGUCCGAUCAGAGAAUUAGACUGUGCAGUCAGUGAGGAACUCCAAGAAAAAAUAUUUACAAAGAUGUCGAUGGUACCGCUCCUAUUCCGCGACUGGUGGGACGAGGAGGACCUCCUCCGGCCGUCGCGCCUCAUCGACCAACACUUCGGCGUCGGCCUCAAACGCGACGACCUCCUCAACUCGCUCAGCGCCAUCCCGAGGCGCUCGCGACUCACCAACUACAUCAGACCGUGGACGGGCGUCGGCGCCGACCUCCAACGCCAGGACUCCGGCUCCACCAUCACCCAGGACAAGGACAAAUUCCAGGUGAUCUUGGACGUGCAGCAAUUCGCGCCGAGCGAGAUCACGGUGAAGGUGACCGGCAACAGCGUGGUGGUGGAGGGCAAGCACGAGGAGAAGCAGGACGAGCACGGGUUCAUAAUGAGGCACUUCGUGAGGCGUUACGUGCUGCCCGAGUCGCACGACGUCAACGCCGUGGUGUCGUCGUUGUCCUCCGACGGGGUGCUGACGGUGAGCGCCCCCAAGAGGUCGGAGAAGCCCCCCGGGGGCGAGAGAGUGGUGCCCAUCACGCAGACGGGGCCGGCAAAGGCGACGGUCACGCCGGUGGUGGAAUCGCCCCAACCGCAAUCCGGCAAUUGAUUGAUUUUUAUAAGGCUAUUAUAGAUGUUUAUACAGGGUGUUAAUAAAUGUUUCUUCACUUGUUGAGAUGACUUGUAUUGAGGUAAAUUUUUUUACUCGAAAACAGUGGUUCGUACGAAAAAAUAUACAAGAGAGUUUUUUUGUUAUAAAUUGAACGAGGAAUUUAUUGAUAAUUGAAUUUUCAAUAAAAAUGCCUCAGUGGCGUACCAAUAUUAUUUUUUUUCUUAAUAUAGUUACCUCUCAAAAUC